ACGAAAUUAGAAAAUUAGGGAAACAAAAGAGCCACCAGAGAGAACUAAUUUGGAGCUCAGAACCUAGCCAGAACCUCAGAGCCAUUAACGAGUGGCGUGCUGGUGGGCCAUGGGCAGUUGUGCGCCGGUGAUCGUGUGGAACGGAGCUCAGUUUACGGCCAGCUCUAGGGAGCUGGAGCAGCUGCGUCGGGACUACGGUCUGGAUGCCCGAAUGCUGGAGGCCACCUUGGUGCCGCGGUACAAACGACACAAGCCCGAGGCGAGUGCCCGCAACGAUUUCGUCAAGGUCCAGAAGAACCAGAAGCCCCAGCCACCGUCCUCCGCCGCCUCCUCGGAUUGGAUACUCAAGCAGGAUCGGAGCAACAACGUCAGCCAGGUGAACUUCCAUCCCUGGGCGGGCUCACAUUUCGACCUGGUGCCGUGGCGACGCACCCGGUCUGCCCUGGAUCUCACCUCCGUGGCGGACUACAACCACGUGGGAGCCGUUGAUCCCAAGUCCUUGAAGGGAUUGGAGAAGCUAGAGCUUCGGCAGCAGCGAAGGCGACUGCAGCGGGCCAGGUCUACGCAGCAGGGUCUGCGGCGACUGGUGCGGGUCCGGCUGAUAUUCUCCAUCGAACUGCGGCACAAGAGGAUGGAGGUCCUGCGGAAGAGCGCCCUGCCCGUGCGGGUCUUCGAGCAGCGCUUCGCCCUAAGCGAGAACGAGAGCGCCGCCUACGAGCGCAUCCUGAAGGACGCCAGUGCCGGGGUGGAGCAGCAUGUGGGCUACUUCAGCCGGCGGCAGAUGGGUGGGAGGCAGGACUCCACCGAGGAACUGGUGGUGGACUUUGCCAGCGAGACCGAGGAGCCUGAGCCUGAUCCCAAAGCCAAAAUUGAGACGGAGAGCAGGCAGGAGGAGGCCACAUACGCCACCAUAGCAGCGCCGGCGGAAAAGGAGCCGGACAAGGAGGCGAAAAAGUCCGGGGAAGUGCCAUGCGACAAGUGCCGCCACAUAGCCAUCAAAUUGAGAACCAUAAACGAUUAUGCUCUUAACUCGAAUCUUCACCUGAACCACAACAACAAACUGCACAACAACCACAUCAACAUCCACAAUAACAACAACAACAACAACAAGCUGAUCAGCCACAGCAACAACAACCUAAGCAGAAUGCACGCCCACCAACUGGACUCGUACUUGGGCGGCAUGGGCGCCUUGGGCCAAAUGGGCCUCGGCAGCCUCACCGGUCUGGGCACAAUCGGCGCGAUGGGCUCCCCCAUGGGCCAGAUGCACCAUCCGGGUAGCGUUUCCGGCAGCGAAAGACCCAACGGAGGAGCUCUGGCCCUGCACUACGCCGCCGCCAGAGGCUGCCUGGACUGUGUCCAGCUCUUGGUGGCAGCAUCCGUGGAUAUUUGCUACUUCUCGACCAUCAACGUGAAGAAGGGCCUCCUCGGCCGGAUGACCACCAGCCUCACCUCCUACCGCCGGAGCAAGCAAAAAUCCAAGUCCAACAAUGACAUCCACACGAUCAUCCACGCCGCAGAGGUAGCCAUCCUCACCACCAGUGUCCAGCACAGCAGCACCGAGUCGGAUCUGGUCGAGAGCCAGGAAAACCAACAGAAGCAUCCCCACCAGGAGCAGGACUCGGACGACCACGAGGAGCAGCACCAACAAGACCAGCAGCAGCAGCAGGAUCAGGUCAGGGAGCUGCAGCUGGAGCUGAAGCCUUCGCCCUGCCUGGAGAUGGAGCCACUGCAUCAUCGCAAGUCGUCGGUGGAGAUCGAGGAUCCCGAUUCGAACGAGGAGGACGAGGCCACGCCCAUGAUGGGAGGAGGAGGUGGCCGCAAGGAGCAGAACAAUCGCCGCAGUGUCGUGAGCGCCAAUACGCAAAUGGACAACGAUGUGACGCCCGUGUAUCUGGCGGCGCAGGAGGGCCACCUGGAGGUGCUCAAGUUUCUGGUCCUCGAGGCCGGGGGCUCACUGUACGUGCGCGCACGCGACGGCAUGGCACCGAUCCAUGCCGCUUCACAAAUGGGCUGCUUGGAUUGCCUCAAAUGGAUGGUCCAGGACCAGGGCGUCGACCCCAACCUGAGGGACGGCGAUGGGGCCACGCCCCUGCACUUUGCCGCCUCCCGGGGACACCUAUCCGUGGUGCGCUGGCUGCUCAACCACGGAGCCAAGCUCUCCCUGGACAAGUACGGCAAGUCGCCGAUAAACGAUGCCGCUGAAAAUCAGCAGGUCGAGUGCCUGAAUGUUUUGGUUCAGCAUGGAACAUCGGUGGACUACAACGGCAAGAGCGGCAGCUCCCAACAGCGCCACAAGUCGCAGCAGCAACUGCACCAGUCGCAUCCUGGGCAACAGCAGCAGCAUCCCCUGAGCAGCAGCUGCAACUCCAACUCGAACUCCUCCAAGCAGACCAGUCGCAGCAACACCAUCAAGUCCAAGUCCUCCUCCACUCUGAGCUCGGACGUGGAGCCGUUCUACCUGCACCCGCCGGCAGUCACCGGGGCCGGAGGAUCCGGCAUCCUGGGGCUGGGCAUCGCCCGGAAGAACAGCGAUGCCCUGUACUCACAGCAGUCGCGGAGCUCCUCCGAGAAGCUGUACAACGGAUCGCUGGGCGGAAACCCGGGGAAUAACGGAGGAGGUGGAUCCUCCAGCGGAGGGGGCGGUGGCCCGUCGGGUGGUGGCGCCCAGUUGCUGCCCAACGACGGCCUCUACGUGAAUCCCAUGCGGAAUGGCGGGCUCUACAACUCGCCCUCGCCGAAUGGCAGCAUUUCCGGCGAGUCCUUCUUCCUGCACGACCCGCAGGACAUCAUCUACAACCGGGUGCGGGAUCUGUUCGUGGACUCCGACUGUAGCAGCAGCGUGAAGCAGCACGGCGGCAAGCUGCUGCAGUCCAAGGCGGGCAACGCGAUGACCAUCCAGGCGGACGUCCACUCCAGUUCGAGUGGCGCCGGCAGCGGCUCGGACGAGUCCGUCUCCAUCUCUUCCAGCUUUAAUUCGCCGAAGCAGCAGCAGCAACAGCAGCUGCAGCAGAUGCAGCAGAUGCAACAGAUGCAGCACCUGCGCAGCCAGAGCUUCAACCGCAGCAGCAGCAACAUCAGCUACAAGCCGCACAAGGCGAUGGCAGGAUCGCAGAACGGCGGGGGCGGCGGUGGUGGUGGAGGUGUUGGCGGCGGUGGGGGCGGGGAUCAUGACUACGAGGACAUCUACCUGGUGCGGGAGGAGUCGCGAAAGCAGCAUCAGCACCAGCACCAGCAGCAGCAACACCAGACGGCGCAGCUGCAACUGCAACAGCAGCACCAACAGCAGUUGCACAAAUACAACGUGGGACGGUCUCGGUCGCGGGACAGUGGCUCCCAUUCGCGCUCGGCCAGUGCCAGCUCCACCCGGAGCACGGACAUUGUACUCCAGUACAGCAAUCAUCACUUGAACAACAAGCGCAACAUAAACAACAAUAACAACAACAACAAUAGUAACAAUCAUAUCAACAAUAACAACAACAACAACAACAGCCUGCUGAAUCGCAACAAGUCGCACUCGAUUAUCGGGCUCCAUAGCAGCAAGUACGAAUCACCGCUGAAGGAGAACUACAGCUCGAAGAACGUCAACCUGAAGAACCAACUGCUCAACGGUGGCAUCAAGAGCGACACCUACGAGAGCGUCUGCCCGCCGGAGGAUGUGGCCGAGAGGACCAAGCAGGCCCACAAGAACUCCAUGAUUCGCAACAACCUGGCGGACACCACAACAGCUCCCAAUAACAACAACAAUCAGAGUGGCAGGAACCUGAAGAGGGUCUCCUCGGCACCACCCAUGCAGAAUGUGGCCAUAGUUAAUGGACCACCGCCACCGCCCUUGCCGCCGCCGCUUCGAGCGCCAGUUCAGCAGCAGAGGAACAACUUGAACGCUGAGGUGGCCAACAACAACAACAUGAACAACAAUACAAACAACAACACUAACAACAAUCCCAACAACAACAUUUACAAGAAGAACGUCUUUGGUUCUUCCAGUAAUGUGGGAGGAGGAGUGGUGGCUCCAGUUUCGAAUGCUAACCCAGGAGCUGGAGGCUCCAAUGAGGCGGUGGACUCUGACUCGGGGCUGGAGGUGAUCGAGGAGCCCAGUCUGCGGCCAUCGGAGCUGGUGAGGGGUAAUCACAAUCGCACCAUGUCGACCAUAUCGGCGAACAAGAAAGCCAAGCUGCUGAAUGCCCAGUCCGGAGGCAACAACCAGAUCAGUCCGGAGGCACUGGCUCCCCAGAAUGGAGGGGGCGGCCCAUCAGCACCCGGUGCCGGUGCUCCCGGCAACAACCAGUCCCGGAACGGCAGCAUCUAUGGCUACUCGGAUGGCGGCAAGGCCCAGAGGAGCAACUACCAGGCCCAGAACUCCACCCAGCAUCAGCACCAGCAGCAGCAACACUACCAUCAUUCCUAUGCUCCGAGCAUCUAUGGCGGUGGUGGAUCCUCCGCCGAGGACCACUACGAGCUGGCCCAGCAGCAGCAACAGCAGAUCUACGGCGAGUCGACGGGCUCAGUGACCGGGCCGGGUGGUGGCCAGCGUCCCGGUGGCCCCAACCUGGUUAACAAGCAGCUGGUGCUACCGUUCGUGCCCCCCAGCUUCCCCAACAAGUCCCAGGACGGAGUCACGCAUCUCAUCAAGCCGUCCGAGUAUCUAAAGAGCAUCAGCAUCGACAAGCGUUCGUGUCCAUCCUCCGCCCGCUCCACGGAUACGGAGGACUACAUGCAGAUACAGAUCGCCCAGCAGCAACAGCAGCAGGUGCACCACUCACAGUCGCACCAACAUCAGCACCAGCACCAGCACCACCCUCAUCCCCAUCCCCAUCCACAUCCGCAUCACCAGCAUCCGCACCAGCACCAUGGAAUGGGAGAUCAGCCGCCGUUGCCGCCGCCGCCACCUCCGCUGCCCCAUGGCAUGCUGCCGCCGCAGCCCUUGAUGCCGCUUAUGGGCGGGGCCGGAGGCGGCCAGGAUGCCACAAUGAACGGCAAGUCCUCGCACAAGCCGAAGAAGCCGCACGGAGCGACGCCCAGUAGCCAGGACACGGCCACCAGGAAGCAGCACCAGCCGCUCUCGGCCAUUUCUAUACAGGAUCUGAACAGUGUCCAGCUCCGUCGCACGGACACCCAGAAGGUGCCGAAGCCCUACCAGAUGCCCGCCCGCAGCCUGAGCAUGCAGUGUCUGACCUCCACCACGGAGACCUAUCUGAAGUCCGACCUGAUCGCCGAGCUCAAGAUCUCCAAGGACAUACCUGGCAUCAAGAAGAUGAAGGUGGAGCAGCAAAUGGCCAAUCGCAUGGACUCGGAACACUACAUGGAGAUCACAAAACAGUUCACGGCCAACAACUACGUGGACCAGAUUCCGGAAAAGGACCAGGCCGGCAAUGCCAUACCCGACUGGAAGCGCCAGAUGAUGGCCAAGAAGGCGGCGGAACGGGCCAAGAAGGACUUUGAGGAGCGGAUGGCACAGGAGGCCGAGUCGCGCCGUCUCUCCCAGAUCCCCCAGUGGAAGCGCGAUCUCCUGGCCCGGCGCGAGGAGACGGAGAACAAGCUGAAGGCGGCCAUCUACACGCCCAAGGUGGAGGAGAACAACCGGGUGGCGGACACCUGGCGGCUCAAGAACCGGGCCAUGUCCAUCGACAACAUCAACAUCAAUCUGGCCGGCAUGGAACAGCACUAUCAGCAGAUCCAGUUCCAGCAGCAGCAGCAGUUCCCGAUUGUCGGUAACAAGGAGAACCAUGGCGACGCCAAGAAUCCCGAUGACCACGAUACAGAGCAGGAUCAAGCUGGGCAGGACCAAUCGGGCGAAAAUCCAGGACAGGAAGCGGCCGAGGAGGAGGAGGACAACAUUAUUCCAUGGCGGGCACAGCUCAGGAAGACCAACAGUCGCCUGAGUCUCAUUUAAGCAAGCCUGGGAACCGAAAAUCG